UGCACUUUCCCGAUCGUCGUCGUCACCUUCCUCUGUUACCCAAAAAAUCCUCGUCGAAGCUCUCUGCUGAAACCAUGUCCGACGAGGAGCAUCAUUUUGAGUCCAGUGACGCCGGAGCUUCCAAAACUUACCCGCAACAAGCUGGAACCAUCCGUAAGAAUGGUUACAUCGUCAUCAAAGGUCGUCCCUGCAAGGUUGUUGAGGUUUCAACGUCAAAGACAGGCAAGCAUGGACAUGCUAAAUGUCAUUUUGUAGCUAUUGAUAUCUUCACCAGCAAGAAACUUGAAGAUAUUGUUCCUUCUUCCCACAAUUGUGAUGUUCCUCAUGUCAACCGUACUGAUUAUCAGCUAAUUGACAUUUCUGAAGAUGGAUAUGUCAGUUUGUUGACUGACAAUGGUAGCACCAAGGAUGACCUCAAGCUCCCUACUGAUGACACUCUGCUCCAACAGAUCAAGAGUGGGUUUGAUGAUGGAAAAGAUCUAGUGGUGAGUGUGAUGUCAGCUAUGGGAGAGGAACAGAUAAAUGCUCUCAAGGACAUUGAAGCUCCGUCGACAUCGAAGUCUACCGGAGCUCCGUCGCGUCCGACUUUAUCUCUUCCUCCACGGCCGUUUAGUGAGAUGUUCUUUAACGGUGGCGUUGGAUUUAGUCCUGGUCCGAUGACUCUGGUCUCUAAUAUGUUCUCUGAUUCCGAUGAGUUUAGGUCUUUCUCUCAGCUCCUUACUGGAGCCAUGACUUCUCCGGCGACUGCAACUGCUGCGACGGCUAGUGAUUACCAGAGAAUUGGUGAAGGGACUAAUAGCUCUAGUGGUGAUGUUGACCCGAGAUUCAAGCAGAACAGACCAACCGGUUUGAUGAUUUCUCAAUCGCCGUCGAUGUUCACCGUACCGCCUGGUUUAAGUCCGGCCAUGUUGAUGGAUUCACCAAGCUUUUUGGGUCUUUUCUCUCCCGUUCAGGGAUCAUAUGGAAUGACACAUCAGCAAGCUCUAGCUCAAGUCACUGCUCAAGCAGUUCAAGCCAAUGCCAAUAUGCAACCACAAACAGAGUACCCUCCUGCCUCUCAAGUUCAAUCAUUUUCAUCGGGUCAAGCUCAGAUCCCGACCUCGGCUCCACUACCAGCUCAAAGAGAAACCUCAGAUGUAACCAUCAUAGAGCACAGGUCACAACAGCCUCUAAAUGUUGACAAACCAGCUGAUGAUGGCUAUAACUGGCGAAAAUAUGGGCAAAAGCAAGUUAAAGGCAGCGAGUUUCCUCGAAGCUAUUACAAGUGUACUAAUCCAGGAUGUCCUGUCAAGAAGAAGGUUGAGAGAUCUCUUGAUGGACAAGUAACGGAAAUCAUCUACAAAGGUCAGCACAAUCAUGAACCUCCUCAAAACACUAAACGAGGAAACAAAGAUAACACCGCGAAUCUUAAUGGGAGUUCGGUAAAUAACAAUCGCGGGAGUUCUGAAUUGGGGGCAUCACAGUUUCAAACAAAUAACUCCAACAAGACUAAGAGAGAGCAACAUGAAGCAGCAAGUCAAGCUACGACAACAGAGCACUUGUCUGAGGCAAGUGACAGUGAAGAAGUUGGUAAUGGAGAACCUGAUGUGAGAGAGAAAGAUGAGAAUGAGCCUGAUCCCAAGAGAAGAAUUACAGAAGUUCGGGUUUCAGAACCAGCUCCUGCUGCUUCACAUAGAACCGUGACAGAGCCUAGAAUUAUUGUCCAAACGACGAGUGAAGUUGAUCUUCUAGAUGAUGGAUAUAGGUGGCGCAAAUAUGGACAGAAAGUUGUCAAAGGGAAUCCUUAUCCGAGGAGCUACUACAAGUGCACAACAGCAGGAUGUGGUGUGAGGAAACAUGUAGAGAGAGCAGCAACAGAUCCAAAAGCUGUAGUAACAACAUAUGAAGGAAAACAUAACCAUGACCUUCCAGCAGCUAAAUCAAGCAGCCAUGCCGCUGCAGCGGCACAGUUAAGGUCAGAUAAUCGACCUGGCGGUUUGGCUAACUUAAAUCAACAGCAGCAGCAGCAGCCCGUUGCGCGUCUAAGGCUGAAAGAAGAACAAACAACUUGAGAGAAGAGAACUCUGACCUUUUUUUCAAAUUCCACUCAUACACUUGUCUGAGAAAUCUAGCAGUUUGCAGGAAAGAAAGAGCUUCAAGAGGUUGUUGUUCACCUAUGUACUGGUGUAAAACUUAAAAAAGCUUUUUAGGUUUUCAGAUUUCUGUUUACUAAUAUGUGAAUUCUUUUGUACAUGAGAAAGAAAAUUACAGGGGGAUAUUUUGUGUUGUAUCUUUUGUGUUAUUGUUUCAGAAAAAGAUAGGUCUUACAUUUUGUGUAUGAAAAUUAAAGUAUUUGUUGUAAU